AUGUCAAGCCAUGGAGUUCUGCGGCAAUCUGCAGCAAACCAGAGAACAGAGGCGCAGCGGCAAGCUGAGCUCACAGCUAUCAAUGAGUACCAAGCACUCGACACACUGGUACUUCAAAAGAAAGCGAAGAGUGAAUUCUCAAAGGAAGCAUUUGACAAGACCUCCGAACUGCUUCUAAAAAAUGCAGAAUACUAUACCGUAUGGAACUACAGACGCAUGAUAUUGCAGUCAAUGUUUUCAGAGUACUCCACUCAGGAAGGACAGCCGACCGACCAUACUCAGCAGCUUAUCCAGCAGGACCUGGUUUUUCUUGUGCCACUGCUACAGAAGAAUCCGAAAUGUUAUUGGAUAUGGAAUCACCGUCUAUGGCUUCUACAACAAGCCACUGAACGUCUAAGUUCUGCUGUUUCGCGCAAGUUUUGGGAAACCGAACUUGGUUUGGUAGGGAAAAUGCUUAAUAAGGAUGGACGGAAUUUUCAUGGCUGGGGAUACCGACGGGCGGUGAUCGAUGCACUUGAAAAUAUACCUGAUGGACCAUCCGAAUCUACGGGGAAGGAAGCCCCAAAAUCUAUGACCCAGGAUGAGCUGGAUUAUACCAUGAAAAUGAUUGGAACCAACCUAUCGAAUUUCUCGGCAUGGCACAACCGGUCUAGAUUGAUCCUGAAGGUCUUAGACGAGAGUGCAGCUGAUGAUGAAAAGAGAAAGAAGACACUUGAUAUCGAACUUUCUUCUCAGACAAUGGCGCCGAACCUGACUACCAAAGACCGUCUGCAGUAUCUGGAGCAAGAAAUUGAAGCUAUCGAAGAUAUACUGGAGGAUACUAACGACUGUAAAUGGGUAUAUCAAGCGCUGAUCACCUACACUUUGCUUGCUGCUAAAAUUAACAAACAUGUGGAUGACGUGCAGCAACAAAGGAUAUCAACAUGGCUCAGCGAAUUGAUGCGACUGGACCCAUUGAGAAAAGGUCGAUGGGACGAUCUCAAGGAGUCCUUAGCUACGCCAGAUGCGUUAAUAUCAAAGCAUUGA